GCGUUUCUUAGUUUAUUUCAUAGGUUUGAUUAAUUCCUUAUACUCAGUCAGCUAAAACCUACUGAGUACAUGUGAAUUGUACUCACCCCUACUUUUGUGUCCCUUUUUGAUGCAGAUACUAGUCGGGGUACCCCACGUGGCAGUUAAUAUUCUAGCGGAUUGUGUAAUUCUCAGAUUAGUGAUGGUGAGGACUAGAGCCACAAUUACUGAGGGUGAGGCUGCACCUGCUGCUCAAGCCCCAGUACGCGGGCGAGGUAGAGGACGUGGUGGAGUCAGGGGACGAGGCCGAGCAAGGGGAGCGGCACCUGCUCGUGGACGAGCUAGAGAGCUAUCACCUGAGCCCAUGUAUGAGCAUGAGGAUGACUUAGAGCAGAAGACUGAGGAGGAGAGGCCAUCCCAGCCUCCUGUGGUUCCCGAUAGUACUCCGAUGCUUCAGGAGCUAUUGGUUCGAUUAUUGGCUAGACUGGAUGGUGCUCCUACCUCUGGUAUUAUUUCAGGUACUAUAGGUUCUCCUAUCACAGUUGGUGCUACACCGCCAGUUCAGGGGCCUAGUGUAGGAUUUCAGACUCCUGGUUCAUCUUCAAUGCCUUCUAUUGCACCUCCGAGAUUUGCAGCUCCGCCAGUUUCUGCUAAUGCUGCCAUGUCGGUAGCUGAGUAG